AUGCUGCACGACUAUAUCAAGGGUUAUUUUAAUAUCAUAUCCACGAACAACAACCUUGAUGGCGAGGACUCAAAGAGGAAACAGUCAAGAUCACUUCAAUCAGUAGUAUUGGUCGUCUGUAGGAUUUGGUGUGGUGUGGUCGAUUUAUUCAAGGUCGUUUUUGGAAGUCUUCUUCUACUGGAAAGCGUACAAAAAGCUUUUUGUACAACUUAUACAAUCAACACAAACAAUCCGCCGACAAUAUCCAAUACAAGCAGUGUAUUAAUAAGUGGAAACAUACAGAACAAAACAUUCAAGGGACCAAACGGAGAAUCGUGGGAUCAUGAAGUUGCGGUAUUUAACAUACCAGAGUCUAACAAAAACAUUUUUGAAAAUGGUAAUACGGUUGUAGUUACGGGUAACAACUCGUUGUCAAUAAGUACCACAGGAGAUUUAACAAUUAGAACUAGCCUUGACGUGAGUGGACAAGAAGUAAAGGAUGAUGACACGAGUGUGUUCUUGCGAGGAGGAUUUGUAAGAAAAAGUAAUUCCUGUUGCGUCUUAGGAGCGGGACCUGGUGCAGCGUACAGCUACCAUGGUGGUGGCCAUGGUGGUAGAGGUGGAGGAUACUACCAAGACUUUAAUACAUCACGGUACUACAGCUGGGACUAUCAUGAUGUUAAUUAUCUACUGGGUGGAAGCACAAGUACGGUUCUCUUCGAAAGCAAGGCCGGUUCUGGUGGAGGAGCCAUCGAAAUAAUUGCGGAGAAUGGAACAUUAAAAAUUGAUGCUUCUAUCAGCGCCAAUGGAUUCAGUUCUAAAAAUACAUCGGAGGAGCAUUGUGCUGGUGGAAGUUCAGGGGGACUCAUUCGGCUCAAAGCAAACACGGUUGUCUUCACAAAUGACAGUCUCCUAUCUGCCAAAGGUGGCAACAGUGGCUUUAGUACUUCCAAACACUACUGUGGUGAUGGCGGGGGAGGUGGCGUUAUUCAGGUCUUUUCUACUUUUGAUAACAAUACCAUAAAACAGUUGCAUGUGCAUGGAGGCAAAGGCAUUGAUAAUGGAGAAGCGGGCGUGGUCUUUCAAGGAGUGUUUUUCAACGACGGUAUACUCAAUAUCAACACCUCAGACUGCAGCAUGAAAUGGCUGUCUAUCCUCGUCCACCAGGGAGUACUCGACCAUCGCACGUACCGUACACCAAACAACCAGAUGAAAGUCACCUAUAUCGUCUGCUCCUUCACCUUUAAAUCAUCCCUUCACAUUGGAAGUGGAGCUCGUGUCUUAAUCUUUGGAACGAACGCGUUGAAGAUUGCCAGCGAGAGAGGGAACAUUGAGCUUAUGACCACGUUUGACUUGAGUGGGACUGGGAAGCCUGGACCGAGAUCGCUGGGUGCCUUUGUCAUGAAGAGUCUGAAUGGAAUGAAUGUUGGUCCUGGUAACGUGACAAGAUGUAACGCAAUCAAUCUCUUCGCGAAUGACUUCGAAACUUUACUCGGUGGAAGCGUUUGCACUGGAAACGUAGCUGCUAAUACUCAAGUCAAUGCUGAGGGAGGAGGCGCCAUUGAACUUGUAGCCAAGGCAGGAACCAUUGUAAUUGGAAGUGGAAUCAAAGUGGAUGGAUACUCUGAUCACAAUGAAGCUGGAGCAACAGGAGGCUUGAUACGAUUGAUAGGGAAGAAGGUGCACCUGAAAGACUCCGCGUCCUUCUCAGCCAGAUCCUCACCAAAAGACAGCAACCUGGCCAGCGGUGGUAUCGUCCAGAUCAAGAGUGAUAUGGAUAUAGAGGGUUUAUGCGAGACGAAGUUUCACGUCACUGGAGUUCGUAAUGGACUUGUUAAUGUUAUGGUCUCAGCUUCGGAAUCUUACCAAGUGCAGUUCAUCCAGGAAGGAAACUUGUUGAUCAAUACGACCCUGUGUAUCUGGGUACAUCGUACGGUCAGUAACUACAGCAUGGCUUACUCUCAGUUUGGAUCCAUCUAUAAUGACACCAGCAACGAUAUCAGCACCUGUUCAUUCAAUUUCACACCACCAAUCAUCUUCAACGGCUCAGCUAAUGUGACCUUGACCGGCGACCACGCCCUAUCGAUCAACAGUAAACAGGGGAUCUAUAUCGGUGUGGAUCUUGUGAUUGACAGCGGAAUGGUUGCAGGGAAGAGCCGAUAUCUGGGAGGUUAUUGUGUCAAGGAGCCGUCACUAGCAACAACAGGGACAGGACCUGGCCGAGGCCGACCUAACACAAAUGCUGGAGGUGGUCACGGAGGUAGAGGAGGUCUGUUCUUCGAAGACAAUAACGGCAAGAUAUACGGCUACACCUAUGGAAUCAAGCCUUUCUUAUUAACAGGGGGAAGCACAGGAACUUCGACUAAGAGUAGUGCUGGAAUUCAGGGGUGCGGUGGAGGCGCCAUAAGAAUUUCGUCCAAGAGGAAUCUUACGAUAAAUGCCGCUAUACGAGCCAAUGGAUACUCAGCUACUUUAUUUAAUUCACAUCCCCAUGGAGGAAGCAGCGGAGGAACGAUCUGUUUAGGAGCACAACAGGUUAUACUUGGAGACAGUGCCUUGUUAGAAGCCAAAGGCAGCGAUGUAGCUGGGCGUGGGAACUCGUCUACCGGGGGAGGUGGAGGCGGUGUGAUCGUGAUCAACAGCACUAACCCUUUCAUUGGAAAGAAACCUGUACCUGCUGAAAGUACCCGAGGAGGACAAGGACUUGUUCCUGGAGAAUCUGGCGUCGUCAUCAUAAAUGACGUGGUAUAUCGUGAACCACGUAAUCCAGUUGUGGAAGUUCCAUCGAACUUCAGCGGAUGUUACCUCAUCAAGGCCGUCAACUUGCUGCCAAAGAAAAAAAUGCUGGCUCAUGAAGCGAGACCAAAAACCUGCUUAUUGGAAUGUAGAGCUAACAAUACCUUGUUUGCCGUCAUUCGCAACGAGUCUUGCUACUGUUUCAACGAAAAUGCAUCGUUUGUGGUCCGGAAUACUUCUCUUUGUAAACAGCCUUGCCCAGCCACCUUCAGUUACUCGUGUGGUGGAGAAGCAAACAAUAUCUACAGUGUUUAUACCACAG